AUGUCUCGCUCUACCGGGCAGGAUGGGCACCUUUCAGACUCCACGCCCCCGAAAACACCAGACUCGGCGCGCUCGUUGCCCAUGACGGCCCGCUACGACCAGGCCGCAUUUCAAUGGGAUCCCGCAGACAUUGCAGAGCUUAGAUCCAUCACAUCUUGCUCAGAUUCAGACCUCGACGACUAUCUCUCCGACGUACUCGAUCCCCUCAACUUUCGGACCUUUGCUGGCUCUUCUCGCGUUUUUAGUGCAUCCAACGAGACUUAUUUACUUCCAAUCGACGAAGAAGAGAUCAGACGGCUGGAUAAACAGCACAUUCUACUCCGUCUCGGCCAGCCUUUUGACCUCCAGAGGGCGCUGCGCUCCAUUUUGGCCGACGGCGAGAACAAAACCGCGCUGGACGUAGGAUGCGGCUCCGGACAAUGGGCAAUCGAACUGGCCUCUGACAAUCCCAAGAUUCAAGUCAUUGCCAUCGAUGAAGCCGCACAGACGUACAAUGACGUGCCUACAAACGUCGAGUUUCGUCGUUACAACGUGAAUGACGGUCUCGCACCAUUCUAUAAUGGGUACGACGUCGUCCAUGUUCGCUGCAUCGGUUCUGGCAUCAGGUCGUACCGAAACUUACUCAUCGAGGCCACCAACUGCCUCAGACCCGGCGGACUGGCCAUCUUUAUUGAGGGCGACUUUGACUUGCUUGACAAGGACCAGGUUACCAUUCUCGAACCCGCGUCGGAUAAUAAUGAAGCCGGGUCGUGGAUGCAGCGGUGGAUGCAAGCCGUUCGUCAGGCCCAAGUCCGACGCUGCAACGUAGCGGACGUCGAUGACUCGCCAGAGACGCUUGACAAGGGCCUCUGGCAGUUUGAAGAAUACCAUGAACAGUCGUGCGGAACAGGCUCAAUCUUCACCCCGUAUCGCCCUGGCCGACGACCUAAAGGAGGAAAGCCUGCACUACAAGGUGACAGGCGUCCUGAUGAGACAAAACCUCAAGGCACGUUUCAAGCGCCUGUGAUGUUUGUCCUGGCGACAAAGCAACUUCUGAUUGAAGACGGCGUUACCCCUGAGCAAGUCGAAGAGUGGGCGCCAAAAGCCAUUGCCGAGCUCGAUGACGAUGCACGAUACCAUACCUGGUUCCGCUGGCGGAUUGCGUGGGGCCGUUUGAAGCCUCUGACUUCCAAUUCUCCCGCUUCGACUUCAUCUAUCACGCAAGAGAAUGGUCAGAAUCACGUAAAGCCGAACAUGGUCCCUAAAAAACAACACAUGGCGGCCCAAGCCGCUCUGAGGGAAAAAGUUCGCCACUUCAAGAUACCACAUUGCCACGUCCGCAACAGGGAGCAGUCGCUCGCCUAUAUUAAAGAACGUACAAAUUGUUCUUUCUCAACACGCGGGCAGUUUUAG